AUGAAUCUCAGACUACAACUGGCCCAAGUGCUCAAUCUGAUCUAUGUGGUGACCUCUGCCUAUAUGUUCUGGAAGGGGCUUUCAGUCGCUACAAACUCAUCCUCUCCAAUUGUUGUUGUGCUUUCAGGUUCCAUGGAACCAGCGUUCCAAAGAGGUGAUAUCUUAUUCUUGUGGAACAGAAAUGAAAGAUCUAAGGUUGGUGAUGUUGUUGUUUAUGAAAUCAAUGGUAAAUCUAUUCCAAUUGUGCAUAGAGUGUUGAGAGAACAUCAUAAUGAUAAAAAACAAUUACUAUUGACAAAAGGUGAUAACAAUCCUGUUGAUGAUUUAGGUUUAUACAACUAUAACCAAAACUAUUUAGAUAAAGAAAAAGAUAUAGUUGGUACAGUUAAAGGUUAUUUCCCAAAAGUUGGUUAUGUGACGAUUCUUUUAACUGAAAAUCAAUAUUUCAAGUAUGGUUUACUAGGUUUGAUGGGUCUUUCUUCAUUACUAUCAAAAGAAUGA